UUCUUUCUGUCAACGAAACGUCAAUACGUCAUGUUCUGUGACCGAAAUUCCAAAACAUAACAAAAAAAUUAUGUACCAUGAAUAAAAAAUUGAAAACAUUAAUAAUUUUAUAUAGGUAGUUUAAUACUCGAUCAUCAAAAGCAAGCAGAUAUAAUCAAAAUAAAUGUAUUAUUUUGUAUGUGUAAACAUUACUUGCUCUGUGGAACUUGUGGAAACAUAGCAUAUGAAUAACAAUUCAAUACAAAACUUUUAUGGUCUGGGAAUUUCAAAAUAACAGAUACAGUUACAUAUUACAUACAUAUUUAAUUAGUGCUACUGCAUAGAGAUAAUAUGUACCAUAUUAUCUCUAUGUGCUACUGAUGGAAAAGAGAACACUCGCUGUAUUUUUAUCAGAGUCAUGUAUAGACAAUAGUUAUAGCAGCGAAUCUAGUGAUUGGAGUGAUACACGAAGCAUUACUGAUUUAAGCGAUGAUGAUUAUACUAAUGAGGAUACACUAUUUUUUCCCUUAAUGCAGUGUCUAUUAAGAUCUAAGAAAAAAAGAGUUGAUGAUUACUUGCAUUGUAUUGAGUCUUGGACUGAUGUAGAAUUUAAGAAUCGCCUACGAUUAUCGAGACAAACAGCAAAUAGACUUAUCGGUGACUUAGAAAAAUCAGGAUUUAUAGCCACCCACAAAUUUGGACUAAAGCCAUUAGAACCAAAACUUUGUUUUUAUAUCUUCUUAACAUUUAUUUCAAGUGUUGAAUCUUUAACACCAAUUGCAACAAGGUUUGAUAUAUCUAUAUCGUCCACUUUUCGAGUUAUCAGAAGAGUGGUUGCUUGGUUAUUAACCAAAUUAAAUGAUACCAUUAAAUGGCCUACAGAGAUUGAUAAUAUAAAAGACAUUAGUAACACAUUUUACGAAAAAACUGGAAUCUCAAAUGUGAUAGGAGUUAUUGACUGUCUGCAUGUGAAAAUUGAAAAGCCCAAGAAUGCAAGAGAAUAUUGUAAUGCGAAAGGGUACUUUUCUAUAGUUCUACAAGCAACAGUGGAUGCUAAUUUAAGGUUCACAAAUAUUUACUGUGGAGAACCAGGUUCGUCAAAUUGUUUUAGAACAUUGAAGAAGUCACCAUUGUACAAUACAACAUUGAAGGAUAAAAACUUGUUAUUCCCAUACAAUGUAUAUCUUAUUGGACAUUCGGGAUAUCCUUCUUUGUCUUGGCUUGUGCCACCAUAUAGGGAAAAUAAAAGAUUAACAUUGACACAGAGAGAGUUUAACUCUCUACAUGUAUCGGCAAGGAAAAUAAGUGAAAAGGCAUUUGCUUUAUUAAAAUCUAGGUUUAAAAGGAUUAAGCUAUUUGGUGUGUACAGAAAUAUUGCUUUUAUAACUGAUACAAUUGUAGCAGCAUGUAUAUUACACAAUUAUUGUGUCAAUGAAAAUGAUCAGUUAGAAGAGUGAUUUAAAAAUAAAUUCACAAGAUCAAUACUAAUUACUACUACAGGUAAAUUAGAACUAUACUAAACCCUAGACCUCAGAUGAUGUUGGAUUAUGGCAAUAAAAGUGAAUAAACUAAAUGUUUAGAUUUGUUAUGUCUACAAUCUACUUACAUUAAAAAAAAUGUUGUGUGGUUUUAUGAAACCACGGUAAAAGUGAAACUUAGGCACAAAAUUAUCAUAUUUGUAUGAUAAUUAUCGUACGGUUCGACCGUCACGCGACAUGCGCUACACAGACCAAAAAGUUUGAGACGAUGUAAUAAAAGUUUCACUUUAAUAACAUACCUUUUGGUAAGAUCAAAUUUUAUACUAGUCAAGAAUUGUUAAAAUAGUUUUUGAUUUAUUAUUUACCAAGUAAAACUAGCUUUAAGAAAUAAGAAAUAAUACAAACUUGAUUAUAAUCUUCAUUUAAUUUAUUUAC